UGCUUGAUCGAGCUAUUCAAUGGGAUAUUUCUGAUUUUGAUUAUAACUUUGCUUCAUAAGUCAUGCCUUUAAUUGAGAAAUGCGUAUAGCACAUUUAUAUCAAAAUAUCAUGAACAAAAAAAUGGAAUAUUUUUUUGAAAAAUAUAUGUUCCACUUUAUAUUAAAAAGAAACAGAUGUUUGAAAUCACAGAUGCCCUAGCUGCCAUCAAUUUGAAAACAAUAAUGGACAUAAUUUAAUUUGUAACAUGUUGAUGGUGACAGAAAGUUGCACUGUAGCUUGAUAUCCAAAAGUCAUCUUAGAGCCAAUCUUCAUCUUCAUGGAUUUCUAUCACAAAUUCUCCACCAACUUGAUAUGCUUUCUGAACUUAAUCUAAGCACCACUUCUGGGUUUCUUAAUUCCUUCAAUGUGGCAACAUCUACUCCAGCGAAAAUCAAGGUUUGAGUGGAUGCGUCCAUAGUAUUAAGAUCAGCUUCUACAGCAAAGUCCCAUAAGGUGCGGGAUUUGGUUACAGAAGCAGUAAUGGUUAGACUUUUAGCUGCUUGUUCAUAUGGAAAUAUCUUUGGAGUAACGAAAGGACUUGGAGCAGUUGGAACAAUGGCAUCAUGACUCUUGAUGGUCUUCACUAUAUAUAGGAACAUCAACAGGAACUGGUCCAGUGGGUUUCCUUCUCACCAUUUCUGGAGUAACAGAGGAUCGUGAACAGGAUGUUAGAGUUGCCAACAAUGUCAGAAAGACACCCUGAAUCCAAUGUUUCCCACUCAUGAUCAGACUCGCUUUCUGCUAGCUGGUAGUGGUCCCUGAAUUUCCACUAUGUUGUAUUCUUUAGUGUCUCUGUAUGUUACUUUCUUUGGUGGUGGCAUAAACUCAAACAUUUUCUGGCGAGGCUUCCGUACACACUUUAUAACAUGUUUCUCCCUGGAAUUCUCUUCCAUAAUGCGCUCAUUGCACACCAGAAAACAUUGGUUCUCCCUCUAGUAAUGGUCUAUGUGUCUACCAUUUACAUAAAAGUAUUGUUGCAUAAUACAAUUAUACAUUUUAAAAUCUUUUUAUGUUUUUUCUUUAUAAAAUGAUUAUAUGAAUUCGGUCAUAAAAUAACAUUUUAAAUUUCCUUCAAGGGAUGGACAACUGUAGCCAAUUUUAGUAAUAGAAAUACAAUAGGUCAUCUACACAUGGUUAAAAAAAACCCACAAAAAAUUCUACUUCCGGUAAGACAUCUUAAAUAUCUCAGGUAGGUUUUUUUUAAUGCAAAUUUCGCACCCUGGUCGUCUGUCACUUCUGGUUCUCACUCGAAGAGUUUUUGAAAAGUUUUUAAAUUUUUUUUUGAAACAUUUUUCUCAGUGUGACGAACAGUUACAUACCGUAGGUAAAUAUACUAAAAAUAUUUACUUAUAAUUUCUUUAAUCACUUCUGUUUGUCCGUUUCCAGUCCCGAGACAAAGAAUCUUUUUUUAACGAGAUUUCAUAACUGACAAAAACUUGAACAUUCAAACUUUCAGGAAAGACAGAACAAUGUAUGAAGAUUUGUUUACUAUGUUCUGUUUGAUCCGGCAUAACUUCUGUUCGUCACGUAAAGUACUCAAAAAUUGACUUUUUGUCAUUCUGCUUUGUUUUACUUGUACAUGAGGAAUGGAAGACCUUUUUGUUGCUAUAGCAACAAGAGUCUAGUUAAUUAUCAUUUUCUUCAAAUUUGAAUUUGUGUUCAUUUGUAGUACAAAUGUAGAACUUAAAAUAUUUUUUUUCUUGAUUUGGAUAGGAACAUAAUGGUCCUUCGCUGGGGAAUCUGUGGAGCAGGGUUCAUUUGUAAUGAUUUUGUGUCGGCAUUGUUAGCUCCUCCCAAUAAUGUUCAUGAGGUAGUUUGCGUUGGAGCAAGAUCAUUAGCUAGAGCCCAGGAAUUUGCUAACAGGUUUGGUAUCAAGAAAGCCUAUGGCUCAUAUGAAGAGGUUGCCAGUGAUCAAUAUGUUGAUGUUGUGUACAUUGGGGUGAUACACAUUCACCAUGUGAAGCUGUCCAAACAGAUCCUAAAAGCAGGGAAAAAUGUUCUGUGUGAGAAACCAGUAGCAGCUUGUCUGUCACAGAUUCUGGAGGUCCAGCAAGUGGCCAAAGACUGCAAACGCUUCUUCAUGGAGGCAAUUUGGAGCAGGUGCUUUCCAAUUUAUCGUAAAAUUAAGGAGGAGAUUCAUUCUGGAAACCUUGGGGAAAUCCAGCAUGUACAAUGUCAGUUUUGUUUUCCUAUGGUUAAUUUAAAUAUGGAUCGUGUUAUAAAGCCCGAAUUAGGGGGAGGAGUUUUGCAUGACUUAGGAAUUUACACAAUCCAGCUAGCUACAAUGGUAUUUAACAAUGAAAAGCCCUUGAAAAUCACAGCUGAUGCUUCAUUUUCUGAUCAAGGAGUGGAUCAAAAUGGCUGUAUCACCUUAACCUACAAGAAUGGCGGUAAAGCAGUGCUCGUCUACAGUACACUGUUUGAAGGAAAGAAUUCAACAAUAAUAUAUGGUUCAAAGGGAAAAAUAGAGAUCGAUGACACUUUCUGGAGCCCAGUCUCAGCAAAUAUGCCGUCGGGUAAAAUAACCAAUGAAAUACCUUGUGGUCCAGCUCCAAACAACUUUCCCAACACUGGGGGUCUGCGGUAUGAGGCAGACUGUGUCAAGAAGUGUCUUGAAGCAGGAAAUUUGGAGUGCAGUGAAGUGACCUUCGCUGACAGUCAGGCUAUUAACCACAUCAUUGAUGAAGUGGUGAGACUAACGGGAAUUCAUGUCCAAUGGUGAAUAGAAGCUUUUCUGAUUGGGAAUGCAGAUUUUUCCAACUGCUUUCGAGGAGUUUUUAAAACCCAAUUAAGAGUGCAUCAGUAUGGGCUUCUCAGCAGAUUUGAUCACUCACCAACCAACUUCAUAUCCCGGUGAACCUUUUAACAUUGAUUUUUAUUACUUAUAUUCAUACAGAAUUGAACGUUUUCGUUAUUCUGUAGGUUUAUAUAAGGAAACAUAUUUGCAAAUGUGAAUGUUAAUGAUUAUUGAUGCUUGUAGUAUAUGUUUUACAUGUACUUGUGGCCAUAAACAAUUAUAUUUAUGAUUAAGGUGCUAAUUUUUUUUUACAAACAUGUAUUUACUGAGUGAUUUGUUUAUUGCUUGAGAUCCACUUUUUACUGUUUGAUUUCUUUUAAUUCCUUUUAAUUACUUAAUCUACAUGAUAAACUUUUUUAAUGUGAUCUUUUUACAUAUAUGCAGGUUAUGAUAUAAAAAUCAAUAAAAUUUUAUUAACAUGUUGAUACAAUUCUCUCUCUUAAUUAGAAUCGGAUAAGCAAAGUGUUCGUUUUUUCCUAAUCAGAACAUUCGGGAGUACGAAUAACUAAAACACCUGCCGCUGUUAGGGACACAUUUAAUGUUGAUUAAUUUUUUAUAUUAAUAAAAUCCUACAUGCUAGGCCUUAUAAAAUUGGUCAUAAAUAUUUUCAUAGAAGGAAACUUGGUUAAAUAUGGCAAGAUUUGCCAACACUAAUUUAUUUAACAGUGAUUUAAAACUAAAUAAUAGCGUUCGGUCAAUAGGCUAAUGA